AGGGCUCUGCGGUCAGACUGACAAAAAUCGUGCACAAUUUGUGUAAUUCAGUUUAAGCGUAUUUAAUCAUCUAUUUCUUUGCAAAAAACCCAAUGUAUUAGACUCGAAAUAUGUUGUUGUUCUGCCCUCAAUGCAGUAAUAUAUUAAUGGUAGAACAAGGUACCACUGGACAUCGUUUUUCCUGCAACACUUGUCCCUAUAUAUUUAACGUAAAUAGGAAAUCAUCAACAAAAACUUUUCCACGUUUGAAGGAAGUUGAUCAUGUUAUGGGCGGUGCAGCUGCCUGGGAGAAUGUAGAUUCUACUGACGCCGAGUGUCCUUCUUGUUCUCAUAAGAAGGCAUACUUUAUGCAAAUGCAAACACGUUCUGCUGAUGAACCUAUGACCACUUUCUAUAAAUGUGCUAAUCAAUUGUGCGGUCACAACUGGCGCGAUUAAGUUUAACUUACAAUAUCAUUAUCAAGUAAACGUUUAAUUAACAAAAACUAUUACCUUGAUGUCCAAGUUGCCAAAAAUUAUAAAACAAUUUUUAAAAAUUC